UGCUGUGGGAUUUCAUGGGAAUCACACAUCUCUGUGCUGGAAGGGGAGGCUGGUGAGCCACAGCAGCUUAUCAGGUGUUUGGCUUUGUUGUGGAAGCCACUGUUGUAACUAACACAGGCCUGUUCUUGUGAGCCGGUGGCUUUGCUUGUCUGUGCCCUUGAACGGUAGGAAAACACUUUCUGAGAAGCAGGGGAGGCAGAUCUGCCUGGCUGCUGGCAUUCAGGAGGCUCAGCAGCACCUGGGCAACCAGCAGGGUUUGGGCAGACCUGAACAGAACCAGAGCUGGACCUCACCUGUCUGUUGACAGAGGUUGGAUCCCUGUGUGACCAUGGCUCUUUCUAGGGAUGCCUCCAAGGAUCAGCUCUUCCCAAACAAGUUCUGUUUCCCUGUGGUGAGGGUCAGGCUGGCACAGGGGCACCUCUGCCCACAUGUGUGAUGUUGGGGGUGCUGAAUCCUGCCUCAGAGAUUGCUGGUGUCCUGUUUGGGCUGAUCUAACAAGGCCACAGCUCCUCUGUAGCAGCAGAUGGAGAAGUAGGAGCAGGGCGUGGUGCUUUCAUGUCUGAGGAACUAAAGGAACUGAGGAACUAAAUUUAAAGCAAGCUGGGAAGCAGUUGCAGUAGAAAACCACUUUGUCCAUGUGCUGUGGGCUUCUUUAUGAGCCUGAAUAUCUCCUGGGGGAGCAGAGGAGCUGUGUGAGCCCUUUCCUCAUAGGUCACCACUGGCACCAGUCCUCUUGUUGGCUUGGACACCAGUCUGAAGGACCCUGGGGGAUGUUUGGCAUGGAGGUCUCUGCUCCCCACUCUCCAUCACUAACAUACAUAGCUCGUGCCUUUAACUGCUGUGAUCCAAGCUGGGAGCAGCCCCUCCUCUAGGAAAAGCUCCCAAAAUACAGCAGCUCUUGCCAUCAAGUGAGUGUUUUGAUGGCUGUUUUGUUUUUACCACCCAAAGACACGAGCCCACCUUAAAGAAAAGCUGCCUCAGCAGCUUCACUCCUUCGGGAGCGACGUGAUCCGUGACACUGCCUUGCUGGAGAGAGUGCCAAGGAGCUGCUGGUUUGGAGUGUCUGAUAGAGCUCCAUUUACUGCCCAUCAAAGACCUGUUCUGUUCUCUGCUGGGACCUACAGAACAGCACUUGCUGUCCCCUUCUUCCAUGGGACAUCUGCCUGCAAAAUGAGGGAUGGUUUGGGAUGCAGGCGUCUGUAACAGCAAUGCUGGAGCAGCUCUGUCUUCUGCUGGGGAGGACUGGUUGGCAUAAAAGCUCUCAGAGCAACUCCCCGGCCCUGAAAGAAGAACCUCCUCUCCCUGUGAGCAGCUCCUCCAAAGAGAACGGAGUUCACGUGGAGCAGGAUGAUCAGGACCUGUUUGCAGAUGCCACUGUGGAGCUGUCCCUUGAUAACACUCAGAACAACCAGAAGAAGGAGGUGGCCAAACCAUCCAGUCCUUUGCCCCCCUCAUUAGAUGUAGCAGCAAGUUCUUCUAGAAACCUUUCAAAGAGCUAUGAGGAGCUGGAGGAGGAGGAGGAGCAGGAGGACAAAUUUGACCUGACUGUGGGAGUGAGUGACCCAGAGAAAGUUGGGGAUGGCAUGAAUGCCUACGUAGCCUACAAAGUGUCAACACAGACCAGCAUGCCGAUGUUCAGGAGCAAGCAGUUCUCAGUCAAAAGGAGGUUCAGUGACUUCCUGGGGCUCUAUGACAAGCUGUCAGAGAAGCACGCCCAGAACGGCUUCAUUGUCCCUCCGCCGCCCGAGAAGAGCCUCAUAGGCAUGACCAAAGUGAAAGUUGGGAAAGAAGAUUCCUCCUCUGCAGAGUUCCUAGAAAAACGCCGGGCUGCUCUGGAGAGGUACCUACGGAGAGUGGUCAGCCAUCCAACCAUGCUGCAGGACCCGGACGUCAGGGAGUUCUUGGAGAAGGAGGAGCUCCCAAGAGCAGUAGGAACCCAGACCUUGAGUGGAGCAGGAAUAAUGAAGAUGUUCAACAAAGCCACGGAUGCAGUCAGUAAAAUGACCAUCAAGAUGAACGAAUCGGACAUCUGGUUUGAGGAGAAGCUGCAGGAGGUGGAGUGCGAGGACCAGCGGCUGCGGAAGCUGCACGCUGUGGUGGAGACGCUGGUGAACCACCGCAAAGAGCUGGCAUUGAACACAGCCCAGUUUGCCAAGAGCCUGGCCAUGCUGGGAAGCUCAGAGGACAACACAGCCCUGUCCCGGGCGUUGUCCCAGCUGGCCGAGGUGGAGGAGAAGAUUGAGCAGCUGCACCAUGAACAGGCUAACAAUGACUUCUUCCUCCUGGCCGAGCUCCUGGGGGACUACAUCCGCCUGCUCUCGGUUGUGAGGGGAGCCUUUGACCAGCGCAUGAAGACCUGGCAGCGCUGGCAGGAUGCCCAGACCAUGCUCCAGAAGAAGAGGGAGAUGGAGGCCAGGCUGCUGUGGGCAAACAAACCUGACAAGCUGCAGCAGGCCAAGGAUGAGAUCUCAGAGUGGGAGUCCCGGGUGACGCAGUACGAAAGGGACUUUGAGCGGAUUUCUGCUGUCAUCCGCAAGGAAGUGAUACGGUUUGAGAAAGAGAAAUCUAAGGACUUCAGAAACCACGUCACGAAAUACCUUGAGACGCUGUUGAACUCUCAGCAGCAGCUGGUGAAGUACUGGGAAGCGUUCCUGCCCGAAGCCAAGGCCAUUUCUUAAUUGGACUGAGCAAACAAACCUGAAUUUUGCCUUUUUUUUUUUUUUUUUAUAUACACUAUACCUCCUCCUCCUCUUUUCCACGUGAGCGACCCCUCGUUCCACAUGCUGGAGCUGGUAGAGGUGUCACCCCCAGAAGAACAGCUUGCGAGCCAGUAACUCUUCUAACUGUAUAUUUUUCAUUUAGCAACAUAUAUUUUCUUACUGAAGAGAAACUAGUUUCCUGCUUCCAGACCAGACCCGCAGCCAGGGGGUUAAUGAGAUCUGGCAAAUAUCUAUUUUUCAGGCUGGGUUUUAAGGCUCUACUGAAUUAUCUUACUCCUGCAGUGCCAUUAAAGUUCUGUAAUAAAACUUCUAUCAGGGCAAA